AUGGAGUAUUGCAUGUUAGCCGUGGUAUACACUAUCCUGUCCUUGAUAACAACAGGAGUAUCAUCGUUACAGUGCUACCAUUGCCUCAUCAACCCCCCGCCGGGGCAGUAUUAUAACACUACGAAGAGGCUCUGCGUGCACUUCGACCACUCUGAUAAGUUCAUAGUGGAAUGCCCCUACUCUACCAUGUGCAUGAAGCAGGAAUUCCAUCUUGACAUACAGAAUGGAGUGAGGAUAAACGGCGUCCUUCGUGACUGCGCACCUCAGAAGCACGAGUAUCAGGAUUACAAGAAUGGUAGAUGGUCGCCGAAGAUGGAGAUAUUGGAACCUUACAAAGAAGGCUGCAUCAAUGAAGACGACAAGGGACAAAGGAGUACACCUACAAGAUACUGCUAUUGCCGCAACAACCUUUGUAAUGCCUCUCCGAGUACCAGCCAUGAAGGCUACACGGACAUCAUGGGCGUCAUAGUAGUGUUUAACCUCAUGAAAUACAUCAACAGCCUUAGGUAG